AUGGGCACCGCCACCUCCACCGCCACCUCCACCGUCACCGCCACCUCCACCGUCACCGCCACCGCCACGCGGCUCCGUUUGGUUCCGGUCGGUCCAUCUGGCUCUGGUCGGGCCCAGCGGGUCCGUUCGGGUCCGUUCGGGUUCUCUCGUGGCCGCUCAAAGCCGGUCGGGGCCGGUCGGUGCAGCCGGUCCGGUCGGGCCCGGUUGGCAGAGCCAGUCCGGUCAGACCGGUUGGUUCAGUCGGUCUAUUCGGGACCGUUCGGGUCCGGUUGGUCCAGCCGGGUCCCGUCACUCCGGUCGGUCCCGGCCCCGCGGCGGGGCCGGCGCCACUUUCAGCACCUGGGACAGAGACCGGGAGCGUCCGGGCCGGCGCGAGGCUCGGGACGGCACCGGGACCGCGCUGGGACCGAGCUGAACCGGCACCAGGACCGCGCUGGGACCGAGCUGAACCGGCACCGGAACCGCGCUGGGACCGAGCUGAACCGGCACCGGGACCGCGCUGGGACCGAGCUGAACCGGCACCAGGACCGCGCUGGGACCGAGCUGAACCGGCACCGGGACCGCGCUGGGACCGAGCUGAACCAGCACCGGCACUCGCGGCUGCACUGGGCUCUGGCCAGGACUGACACCACGACUGGAACAGAACUGAGACUGGAUUGGGCUGAACCGGGACUGGGAUCGGCACUGGGACCAGAACCGUGCCGCAAGUUCAUCAUCGGGAACGCGCGUGUGGAGAACUGCGCCGUGAUCUACUGCAACGAGGGGUUCUGCCGGCUCUGCGGGUACUCGCGGGCCGAGGUGAUGCAGCAGCCCAGCACCUGCGACUUCCUGCACGGGCCCCGCACCCAGCGCCGCGCCGCCGCCCAGAUCGCCCAGGCCCUGCUGGGCGCCGAGGAGCGCAAGGUGGAGAUCUGCUUCUACCGCAAGGAUGGCAGCUCCUUCCCGUGCCUGGUGGACGUGGUGCCAGUGAAGAACGAGGAUGGCACCGUCAUCAUGUUCAUCCUCAACUUCGAGGCUGUGAGGGAACCUGAGCCUGGGGAGACCCCGACCCCCAGCACCAACCACUGGGUCACCCCGGCCCCCUGGGGCCCUGCAGGUCGCAGCCGGUCCCUGCGGCUGAAGCUGCUGGCACUCACGGGCAGCCGCCAAUCGCUGCCCCCCGAGCCACCGGAGCCGCCGGACGUGGUGGUCGUGGACCCCGGGGUCAUGGAGCCGCUGGCCAUGGACCUGGCCCUGCCUGCCAGCGACUCGGGCCCCGAGGACGCCUCAUCCUCGCUGGAGCCCGGUGUCGGGGACCGUCCCGAGGACGAGGCGGCGCUGAUGGGGAACCCCGAGGCGCCGGUGACGCAGUCGUCCCCGCGGGCCGAGCGCCUGGCGCUGGCCUUUGCCAACCACAGCCUGGCCAGGAGCCGGUCCCGGGAGCGCCGGUCCCGGGAGAGCCUCCGCAGCCUGCGCCGGGCGUCGUCCGUCGAUGACAUCGAGGCCAUGAAGGGCGACGGGGACAAGCGCGGCCACAACCGCCACGCCAGCGCCGGGGCCGGCCUGCACCGCGGCUCCAGCACCGGCGCGGUGGCCGCUGUGCGCAGCGCCCUGCUCAACUCCACGUCGGACUCGGACCUGGCGCGGUUCCGGGCCAUCGGCCGCAUCCCCCAGAUCACCCUCAACUUCAUGGACCUGCAGCCGGGGGGGCUCCUGGCCCCGCCCCCGGCCCCCCGCCCCAUCAUUGCCCCCACCAAACUGCGCGACCGCACCCACAACGUCACCGAGAAGGUGACACAGGUGCUGUCCCUGGGUGCCGAUGUGCUCCCCGAGUACAAGCUGCAGGCGCCGCGCAUCCACCGCUGGACCAUCCUGCACUACAGCCCCUUCAAGGCCGUGUGGGACUGGCUGAUCCUGCUGCUGGUCAUCUACACGGCCAUCUUCACGCCCUACUCGGCCGCCUUCCUGCUCAGUGACUCCGAGGAGGCCCAGCGCCACCACUGCGGCUACUCCUGCAGCCCCCUCAACGUGGUGGACCUCAUCGUGGACAUCAUGUUCAUCAUCGACAUCCUCAUCAACUUCCGCACCACCUACGUCAACUCCAACGAGGAGGUGGUGAGCCACCCCGCCAAGAUCGCCAUCCACUACUUCAAGGGCUGGUUCCUCAUCGACAUGGUGGCCGCCAUCCCCUUCGACCUGCUCAUCUUCGGCUCUGGCUCCGAGGAGACCACGACGCUGAUCGGGCUGCUGAAGACGGCGCGGCUGCUGCGGCUGGUGCGCGUGGCGCGGAAGCUGGACCGCUACUCGGAGUACGGCGCGGCCGUGCUGUUCCUGCUCAUGUGCACCUUCGCGCUCAUCGCCCACUGGCUGGCCUGCAUCUGGUACGCCAUCGGCAACGUGGAGGGGCAGCGCACGGGCUGGCUGCACGCGCUGGGCCAGCAGAUCGGCAAACCCAUCAACGGCACCUCGGGGCCCUCCAUCAAGGACAAGUACGUCACCGCGCUCUACUUCACCUUCAGCAGCCUCACCAGCGUCGGCUUCGGCAACGUGUCCCCCAACACCAACUCCGAGAAGAUCUUCUCCAUCUGCGUCAUGCUGAUCGGCUGUGAGUGCCCGUGGGGUGGGAGAGCCCCCGAGGGGGUGUGCGGAGCGGUGUGGGUGUACCUGUGCACCUGUGGGUGUAUCUGCACACCUGUGGGUGUAUCUGUGCACCUGUGGGUGUACCUGAACACCUGUGGGUGUACCUGUGUGCUGAAGGGGUUCCCCGAGUGCCUGCAGGCCGACAUCUGCCUGCACCUGAACCGCAGCCUGCUGCAGAACUGCGCCCCGUUCCGCGGGGCCACCAAGGGCUGCCUGCGGGCGCUGGCCAUGAAGUUCAAGACGACUCACGCCCCCCCCGGGGACACCCUGGUUCAUGCUGGGGACGUGCUCACCGCGCUCUACUUCAUCUCCCGCGGCUCCAUCGAGAUCCUGCGCGGCGACGUCGUGGUCGCCAUCCUGGGUAAGAACGACACGUUCGGGGAGCCGCUGCACCUGCACGCCCGGCCCGGGAAGUCGCGGGCGGACGUUCGGGCUCUCACCUACUGCGACCUGCACAAGAUCCUGCGGGAGGACCUGCUCGAGGUGCUGGACAUGUACCCCGAGUUCUCGGACCGCUUCUGGGGCACCCUGGAGAUCACCUUCAACCUGCGCGACACCAACAUGAUCCCCGGCUCCCCGGGCAGUGACGAGCUGGACGGAGGCUUCUCCCGGCUGCGGCGCCGCAAGCUGUCCUUCCGCCGGCGCCCCGAGAAAGAUGCCGCCAGUCCCGGGGAGACCCGGGCGCUGCGGGGGGACGGCGGGGGGGGCCAAGCCCCCGGAGCCCCCCGAGGCCCGGCCGAGUGGGACCCCCCCAGCCCCUCCAGCUGCGGCUCGAGUGACGAGGAGGAGCCCCCCGCGCCUCCCCCGGGGGCCACCGCGCUGUCCCCGUUCCGCAGCGCCCCCCCGGCUCCCCCCGAGCCCGAGGAGCGGGAGGGCAGCGACAUGUGCAACCCCCUCUCAGCCCUCCCCCAGCAGCUGCCCCUGCACCCCCUCAGAUGA